UGAAUUCUGGAGGAGUUUUGAGCUGUCAGCGCAACCGAAACUUCGCUCUAAGUUCAGAGUAUUCGAAGUCCUGAGUUCUUUUUUGAUUUUUAUACAGACUGCCAAGCAUGGCUGUGGCUGAGGCGCUGAUGCCUGCCUUGACGUCGUUUCCAAAUUUCAAAGCGAUGGAUAACGUUUGCAAUAUGGAUGAGUGGGUGCGGAGCGGAGCAACAGGUGACACAGGCAGUGCGCGCAUUGAGGUUGACUUCAGCAUCGUUCACUCUCCUUCUGCACCCCACAAAGAUGAAGACGAGCUUGGAAAGUUUCUGGACCUCGAGUUCAUACUGUCAAACACCGUCAGCACCAAUUCUGUUGGAAACAGCGAGAGAGGGAACCUGUCUCCCACGCAGCAGCAGCAGCAGCAGCAGCAGCAGUGCGGGUAUUCUCUGCCGGAGUCGCCGGAAAGCUGCGGCGGCGGUUCUCUGCCAGAUAGCACCGAUCAUCCUCCUCGUCUGGCCGCACAGAACUAUCAGGGCGUCGUCAGCAGCUUCGCGGAGUCGAGUCCUGUCCGCAGCCUGAUGGCGGAGCUUCUCACUCCUGAGAUGAGUUAUUCAGAGGAAGACGCUCUGGAGAGGACAAUCAAGGCGAGGGACAACUGCGAGUACACCGAACUGCGGUCGUUAAAUGGCCCUGCUCACCCCCAAGGGGCUUCAUCUCCAUCCCCGCUUGGAUAUAAAAUUAAAACCGAGCCCGGGGUUCAGUCUUGUAUGAUAGCUGCUGGAACCUUUGUGGAGGAACUGUUUGACAAACACCAAAUGCGCACGGCAGCUUUUACGCACCACCAGCCUCCACUGUCAGGUGCGGCACAGGGCUUCAACGCGCACCCGAUUCAACUUCAGAGACGCACACAGUGCACUCUGACCUCCCAUCAUCAGCCUGAUCAGAACCAUCUAUCAAGCCAGUACAUGAACGCACCGUACCCCCCGCAGUACGCUCACCGAGGUGUGCCACAAUUCCUGGGACCAUACAGCAUGCAUCACCAGCAACACCAUUCCACCUCCCUGCAAGGGAUGAUGCUCACUCCUCCCUCAUCACCUUUGCUGGACUUUUACACGCACGACGAGGCCGGGUGCGUUAAGCAGAAGCGAGGCCGCAAGUCUUGGACCAGAAAACGCGCAGCCACGCAUAACUGCGAGUUCCCCGGAUGCGGCAAAACAUACACCAAGAGUUCUCAUCUCAAAGCACACAUGAGGACGCACACAGGUGAAAAGCCCUACCACUGCAACUGGGAAGGCUGCGGCUGGAAGUUUGCCCGAUCCGACGAGCUGACUCGGCACUUCAGGAAGCACACCGGGCACAGGCCUUUCCAGUGUCACCUGUGUGAACGCGCCUUCUCCCGCUCGGACCACCUGGCUCUCCACAUGAAGAGGCACAUGUAGUUCACUCUCAACUUACUGACGUUUUCACCCCCACCCCUUUGGGAUCACUGUCAGCAUCGAGAGAGAUGCAGCAGGUAGCCACCUCCUAAUAACUGAACUCCUUUAUAUGAUAUAUAGGGGAAUGCCAACCUGCAAUCAUCAAAUACUUUGUAAGGAAAUGCAAAGAUGCAAACAGUGGAGAUUUGGGUAUUUUUUUUCCCCACAAGUGCCUCAUUUUCCACCAAAUCAAGUGCCUUUGAUGGUUUUUGUAUAUUUGUGUACAAGAAUUACAAACACUGGCUAAGUUAUAGUAGUUUAGUAUUUAACUAAUUUCUUCCAACUGCCUUUGUAAUAAGUUAUUGAUAAGUUGGUGAGUGCCUUAACCAGGCUGCUUCAGUCGCUCAGUGUGGGCAGGACCCAGAAUUGUACAUAGGUGUAUGUUUUUCUCAUUUUUUUUGUAGUCUGUUUUUAAGAACACACUAAAAUCAGGUUAAGGUUGCCAUGACAUUUUAUAAGUUUUUUCUUCCCUAAAACUACCUAAACACUAUAGAUGUAAUAGCCUUGCUACACAUUGUGGGAUCCGCCUGCUGUCUUAUUUGUGUUUUUGAGGUUCACCUAAACAAAAAGGGCAUAUUCAGGUACUAAGCUAGUUUUUGUUUUUCAGAACUAACAGAUGCAACUUCCCUCAGCUCUUUUUCUUACAGCUAAUUUUGUAGGACUACAGUCAGAAAUAUGACAAUGUCAAUAUUGAGCAACUGUGUCUAAGAAUGAAGUAUCCACUGUAACCACUGGUUAAACUGCUUUACUUGAAACUACAAUGUAAUCUUGCCUAUGUACUGCUGAUGAAAUGCAACUUGUUUUGUAUGUGCUCAAAUGGUCUAAAAUAAAAGUACUUUUCCAAUAAACAA